AUGCCAGAGAGAUCCGAGCUUCAAAACUCAUCUGAUGCGCAGUCUCUGAGUCGACUUUACAGAUUUAAGCGUCUUAUGGUCGAAAAUCCCUUGGUCGCCAUAGGUAUAAUAUUCACAGGCGCUGUACUCAUCAACGGAGCUCGUACAAUGCGCGCUUCUAGUGCUGCUUCAAUGCAGAAGAUGAUGCGUUGGAGAAUUUAUGGACAAGGUGCAUCUCUCGCGUUGCUUGCGUAUCUCUCACUCAAGGUCAAUAAGAACUAUAAACGAAAGCAUCCACAGCAUUCGUUGGAUGAUUAA